CCAAAAUAGUCCGUCAUUGUCGCCCAAUAGGAUCUCCCAAAAGUUCUUAGCCCACCCUUAUUUUUAAGGAUAUUCUUCAUUUCAUUUUCAGCUUCUGGGAGGGAAGACGACUCAGAGCUCUGAUUGGCGACAAUGGAGUCGCAGCCUGGAAUUUCUUCUUCUCCAAUCACUUCUAAGCUUUCUUGGGUUAAUAUGUCCAAGACCCUUCUGUUGGUAUACCAAAGUGUUGGUGUCGUUUAUGGGGACUUGAGUACAUCACCACUUUACGUCUAUACAAGCACAUUUAAGGGGAAUUUACAGUUGCAUCUCAAUGAGGAAACAGUUUUUGGUGCAUUUUCCUUGAUAUUCUGGACUUUGACAUUGAUUCUGCUACUCAAGUAUGUCUUCUUUGUCUUAAGUGCAGAUGAUAAUGGGGAAGGUGGUACAUUUGCUCUUUACUCCCUGCUUUGCAGACAUGCGAAGCUUAGCUUACUUCCAAAUCAACAAGCUGCUGAUGAGGAGCUGUCUGCCUAUAAAUACGGUCCCCCAGCACCAGUUACUAACAGCUCUCUGCUAAAGAGAUUCUUUGAUAAACACAAAAAGCUGCGCAUAGCCUUACUUAUUUUUGUUUUGAUUGGGGCUGGCAUGGUCAUUGGAGAUGGUGUUCUGACUCCUGCUAUAUCAGUUCUAUCAUCAGUUUCAGGGCUUCAAGUUGCUGAAAAGAAACUGAACGAGGGCGAAUUGAUGAUGAUUGCCUCUGUCAUACUGGUGGGCCUAUUUGCUCUGCAACAUUGUGGUACCCACAAGGUGGCAUUUUUGUUUGCUCCAAUUGUCUUUAUUUGGCUGUUCUCAAUAUUUGGAAUUGGUCUAUACAAUAUAAUAUGUUGGAACCCCAAAAUAGUCCAUGCAUUAUCUCCACAUUAUAUUGUCAAGUACUUUAAGGAAACUGGAAAAGAUGGUUGGAUUUCCUUGGGAGGAAUACUUCUCUGCACAACAGGUACAGAAGCAAUGUUUGCAGAUAUUGGUCACUUCACAACUCUUUCUAUUAAGCUUGCUUUCACAUGUGUCAUAUAUCCUUGCCUUGUGGUACAGUACAUGGGUCAGGCAGCAUUUUUAUCCAAGAAUACCUCCAGUAUCGAUCACAGUUUCUAUGACUCUAUACCUGAACCCGUAUAUUGGCCUGUGUUCGUUAUUGCGACUCUUGCUGCUAUCGUCGGAAGCCAGGCUGUCAUCACUGCAACAUUCUCCAUUGUAAAACAAUGCCAAUCUCUAGGAUGCUUCCCAAGAGUCAAAGUUGUCCACACAUCAAAACAUAUAUAUGGCCAGAUAUACAUUCCUGAAAUAAACUGGAUCCUCAUGAUUCUUACACUUGCAGUGAUGAUUGGAUUUCGUGAUACCACUAUGAUUGGGAAUGCUUAUGGGCUGGCUUGUGUAUCAGUCAUGCUGAUAACAACUUGCCUCAUGGCACUUGUAUUUACUUUUGUGUGGCAAAGAGGUGCUCUUGCUGUUCCGUUUCUUCUAUUCUUUGGUUUUAUUGAGGGCAUUUAUCUGUCUUCAGCAUUUAUCAAAGUGCCUCAAGGAGGUUGGGUUCCCCUUAUGUUGUCGCUUGUAAUUGUGCUUGUGAUGUAUGUUUGGCACUACGGAACUCGCAAAAAGUACAAUUUUGACCUUCACAACAAGGUUGCACUAAAAUGGAUACUUGGUCUGGGUCCCAGUCUUGGUAUAGUGCGUGUGCCGGGCAUAGGUCUCAUCUACUCUGAACUUGCAGUGGGAGUCCCUGCUAUCUUCUCCCACUUUGUGACUAAUCUUCCUGCUUUUCACAAGGUCAUGGUGUUUGUCUGUGUAAAAUCAGUACCAGUCCCAUAUGUUUCUCAAGAAGAGCGUUUUCUCAUUGGUCGCAUAUGUCCAAGACCAUAUCGGAUGUAUCGAUGUAUAGUUAGGUACGGGUACAAAGACAUUCCCCGAGAUGAUGGAGAAUUUGAGGAUUUGCUUAUCAAAAGUAUUGCAGAGUUUAUCCAGAUGGAGGCUGUAGAACCUCAGUUUACUGGCUCUGACAGUUCUUCCUAUGAAGGUAGGAUGGCAGUGAUAAGUACUCGAAUCGCUCAAACAAGCUCAAGCUUAAUUGUUUCAGAACAUGAUGAUCUUGACAGCAACGAAAUUACUCAAAGUAGCAGGGCUCUGACACUUGAUAGUUUAAGAUCUAUUUACGAGGACGAGAGUGUGCAAAUAAGGAGACGCCGUGUCAGAUUUCAACUGCCACAGAACCCUGCGAUGGAUUCAGAUGUAAGAGAUGAGCUAUUGGACUUGAUCGAGGCAAAAGAUGCUGGAGUGGCUUAUAUACUGGGUAAUUCAUAUGUUAAGGCGAGGAGAUCGUCUUCGUUUUUGAAAAAGCUUGCUAUUGAUAUUGGAUAUUCAUUUCUCAAGAAGAAUUGUCGAGGUCCGUCAGUAGCACUCAACAUUCCUCACAUAAGUCUUAUUGAAGUUGGAAUGAUAUAUUAUGUCUAGUUUUUUUGCUGUAAUCACUGCCUAUGUUCUUGAAACAGAGAUUAGAAAAUGGGAAGGGGAAAGAAAAAAAAAAAGAUUAUUACUCUUUAGUAUAGGGGUAGUUACACA